AUGGCCAAACUGCUCCUGCAUUUUGGUGCAGACGUCCACGCAAUCUCUGCACGCAAUAUUGUGUGUUGUUACGAGAAAAAGUUACGCACACUUGUAUCUACGCCACUUCUACAUGCAGCAUAUCACGGUCACGAAGGUCUGGUACAACUGCUCCUGCAAGCUGGCGCGAGCCCGGUCGUUCAGGACAGCCUUCAAAUACUUUCUGUAACCAUAACCGAGCGACACGAGCAUAUUGUAUUACGGCUUUUGCAAGCUCUGGAUUCCGUCAAUGAGCCCAGUGAUUCCGUCACAAAGGAGCUCUUUCGGGUGGCUUCUGAAGGAGAUUUCCGAUCACUUCCGUCAGAACUGGUUAGGAAAUACGAGCAUGUCAUCCUACGGCGGUUGCCGUCUGUGACAUCAACCGAGUGGCACCAGGAAGGUUAUAUUGCAGCUAUCAUGGAACUAGCUGUAGCCGCAAAGCUCGUCAAGGUUGUCGAUUAUCUCGCUCAAUUGAAAACACAGCUCCAAAUGGAACAGACGGGCUACCUUGAUUCGGCGCUAUACAACAUUAUCUCAUAUGAUACCUGCAGAGGCGAGAUUCGUAAGAGGGAGCUGCAUCAAGAGGUCUACCAAAUCGUCGAGACGCUGCUAGCGCAAGGUGCAAACCCCGAUGCAUCUGGGCAAGGGGAGUCUGCUCGAGACAUGGCGUCAACUCAUCCAGACCCUAGAGUAAGGAACCGGUUGCUACAAGCGGCACAAAAGCAGCCUCCUAAAGACCUGGCCUCUCAAGUAGGACGUUCAUGGGUCGAUCCGUCGCAAGCUUCACCGCCACAUGUCCCAAGACGAUCAAAACGAUCGCGCCUGCCCCCUUCAGUAAAUCUAUGGGAAUUCGUAAAGCCUCACAACUGGCAAGGGCAAUCUGAUGAUCAGGAGAGCGAUGUGUCAGCUGUUUCAAAGAGUAAUGAAGAUGAUACUAGUGGUGGUCAAGUGACGAGUGUCUCGACCUCAAUUUCAAUAAGCGCAGUCAACGCCUCAGGAGACCACACAAAGCUACAGUCACCACCUACUAGUUUCAAUAUGCCCUCAAUUUCUUCCACCGAAAAGUGUAUGGGCCGAGAUUCGUUCCACGACAACACCUGCUUCAGCACAGGCAAGGGCAAGCCAAGAUCACGCAUUUCCAGCCUUGUCAAGGCCGCAUAA